GUGGGGAGGAGCAGCAAGGCUUAUUUCCGGCAACAAAGGGAGGCAGCUAUAAAUAAUGGAGCAGUGACACAGAUCAGACAGACAAACAACAAAGACCUGGUAGUGAACAAGCAGAGACCUGUCUGAUCCCGUGAGUGUGCAUUCACCUCUUUAUCUCAAAUCCUGUCACCACCAUGCCUUUCCUAGGGCAAGACUGGAGGUCCCCUGGCCAGAACUGGGUGAAAACAGGGGAUGGCUGGAAAAGGUUUUUGGAUGAACAAAGUAACUUUGUCAGUGACAUCAACAGGUGAGUUUGGGGGGUCAAGUCUAACACCUCUUCUUCCCACCCCCAAUCCUUGAAUCUACUGACUUGCAGCUUCAUUGGAAACAUCUGGCUUAGAAAGGGUUAAUUGUGAAAGAAUUUUUAGGGCAAAGGGCUGUCCAAAUUCAGUUAAAAUGAUUUAUUGUAGGGGAAAAAAACAAAAAAACACUGGGACAGGAGUGAACAAGAGGAAAUUAGUUCAGAAACAGCUGGAUAAUCUACAACUCCUGCUAUGCUAAGCCAGCCUCAAAGCUGACUGAGGAUCAUAGGGGUCUUAGUUCUACAGCAUGAAAGCAGGAGGUCUAGCAUUUGGUCACCCUUUGCAUUACAUCGAGGAUAGCUGAUGGUUUGGCAUUCCAGCUGUGUAAAUGCACAAACAGCUGGAGAGACACAGUUCUGACCUUGUUGUUGCAGAUGUAAACACUGUAGCUAUAAUAAAACUCUGCUUUGGCACACACUGGGUUAAUGCAGAUACCCAUCUCUGAUCAUUGCUGUUACUGUGUCUCUGUAAAGCAGGCAGUGGGAAGUUGUGUUGCAUUGUUAGCAGUCAGUGGGAAGUUGUGUUGGUGCUACAUUGUUGAUCUAUUGUGGGACUGCAAAGGUUAAUAAGCUCUACACUGUAACAUUAGACAUUCUAAAUAAUUGAUGGCCAUGGCUGCCAUGCAGUUUGCAGAUCCGGUAACACUGAGAGACACAGGCUUUGUGGAUCUGUGUUUUUUUGUUUUUUUUUUCUGCUGAGAUCUCUGGAAUCCUCUAGCCCUUUCUGCAGUUUAACUGUAAUCCCCUGCUGCUUCUUAAAUGAGGUCGAUCUGGGGCAAUUGUAAGCAUUCUGAUUCUGUAGAAAGCUCUAGAGUUCCCCCUGCCUGUGAUCUAAACUGCUCUGAAAUGUUGCAGACAGGUGGAAUGUUUUUGUUUUCUUUGGGGUAAUGAUGUGACUUGCAAUAUACAUACUGCCCAGAAGAGGGGGCAAACCAGCUGCUCUAAAUGACUGAGUACAUUGACUGUAUUGUUACUGCAUUAUAAUGGUGAUACAGUUUGUGUGAUACAGUUUGUUAGAUGGUUAGGGUAUCUGGUUUGGAUUGUUUAUUUUGAUUUUUUUUUUUUUUUAAUCCCCAAUCUAUAGUGAAAUCAAAACAGAAUUCCAAAAUUCAGUUAAAAUUUGAACACUUUUUAUUUAUUUUUUUGGGGGGCCAGAUUUUACAGUUAAUUGCUCCGUUCAAAACAGUCCAGCGAAUAAACCUCUUGUUUCAUUUCUACAUUGUAUUUGUGUUUUGCUCAGUAAAAAUAUUAGAGGUGUGUGUGUGUGUAUGUAUGUAUGUGUGUAUGUGUGUAUGUUUAUAUGUAUGUGUUGGGAAAAAAAAUGUGUGUGUGUGUGUGUAUAUAAUAUAUGUGUAUGUAUGUGUGUAUGUAUAUAUGUGUGUGUGUGUGUAUAUAUAAUAUAUAUAUUAGACCACUUUAGCCUACCAUCAGAUGCAGAUUAUGAAUAUUUUAUGCAACAUCUGCACCAGCUCUCUAGAAUUGCAGUAUCAUUCACCCAUUCAUCUUGUGACUCUGCGUGACACCGUCAUUCAGACUAACAGGCUAUUUAUAGUUCCAGAAUGCCUCUGUGGGUAUUUAUUUAGUAGCACACGGUGUGUGUUCUGUGCACGCAGUCUUUGUGACCAGCUGUUGGUGUCUUUAAAGUGACUUGUUUCAAAAACACCUGUUUGGAAGAUGACAUUUUAUACUUAUUGUUACACAUAUAAAAUAUGGAACUUGAACACUCAAAACGUCUGUUGUGAAUGCUGGUAUUUCAACAAUGACGUUACUCGUUCUCAAAAGUAAAAUUAAUGUUCUUAAGGUCCUCUGACAGACUGUUCACACUGUUUUCUAAUUUGAUGCAUUGUAUUAAUAAAAAUAGUCUCGACUCUGCUUCCUGACCUGAAGUCGAGCAAACUAAAAUCUUUCUAUAUUUAAAAACAACCACAGUGUGCUGAGCCUGUGUUUAUAAGACAAAGCUUACACUCCAUUAGGCGCAGGGAUCUACUGCGAGGGGAACUCUGUUCCCAAAAUACAGAACUGGCCAGAAAAAAAAAAAUUUACACACUUCAGCAAAUGAGAAACCUGUAUAAAUAUUUCAAUACUAAAUUUAUUUAGACCUCAAGAGAUGAGUAAAAGAAACCUUUGACCUGCUCAAAGUGGUUGCCAUUGACUUAUUAGUAUGGAGACCUGCUGGUCGGGACACUUUAUGUUCCAUAAACAACAACCGUGCCUUGGCCAUUUUGUUUGCCGUUCACCCGUUACAUGUUGGUGCUAGAGUCAUGUGGGUAAGGCUUCAUACUACACACUGCUUUUGUAAUUCAAUCCAACUUUGAGAAAAGUCUAUAGAUAGCCUCUGUGAAAGUGUUUACAUUUGUCUGGCUAGCUCUGUAUAUUUUCAGAAGAAAGCGAGCUACCAUGAUUCUUACAGGAGAAAUGCUACCGACAGGUAUACAGAGCUCCGGGCAGUGAUGGAUGGGGAUGUAAUAAAUAUAAAAUAUAUAUAUAUAUAUAUAUAUAUAUAUAUAUAUAUAUAUAUAUAUAUAUAUAUAUAUAUAUAUAUAUAUAUAUAUAUAUAUAUAAUUUUUCUAGUACUUGUGUAUUUUUUAUUUUUAUUUUUACAUGAUUUUGUGACCUCUGCUGUAUUUUACACAUUUUCAGAAGUACAAAAGCCAGUCUUCUCUUUAGGUUCCAUAAUGUUUGUGUUAUGUUAUGUACACAAAAUAUGUAUAUAAAAACAAGGCACAGAGAGGGAGACUGCCAGAAUUGGAAAGACUGGCCCCUAUCUUUAUCUUGAAUUCUCACCAUAGCAGCAAUAAUGGGGGCCAGAGGGUCAUUGUCAGGGUAUCAUAGGUUGAUAGCAGAGAUGUUGCUGGUGAGGGACUUUUUGGGUUGAAGCUCAGGUUAUUUAGUUCUGGAUCUUUAAGCGGUCUAGUGUAGUGGUUGUUUUCUUCUCAAAGCAGCUGUUUGUGUAUAUAUUAAAAAAAAAAAAAUUAAAACCGGCUAUGUUUAUGUAGCAGGAAGCCAUUGACUAUAUUUUAUAUUCACACUGCAUUAACCAUGAUGAUUAACACUGUUGACACAACUUUGGGAAAGCCCCAUAAUUAUCUUUUUAUAAUCCAUUAUUCUUUCCUUGCACUGGCAAAAGGCAUGUCUAGACUUGUCAAUGAAUGUUUCAGCAUAUUAAGUUUGUAUCCCUGGCACUCAGAGGGUUAAUGCAUGUAUUAAAGGUCACUGACACAGAACCGCAUGUCCAUUAAUUAUUUUAUGUUUCGUUUUAUUCACAGCUACUGCAAUGUGGAACUCAAUAAAGAAAACCUUUACAAUAAUCUGAAUUAUGACAUUGCUGCCAAGAAAAGAAGAAAGGACUGUUUGAACAACAACACAAAGAUACAAUGUAAGGUGUCCUGUGUAAUCGCACAACUCACACGAAAUCCUCACUAAUGGAUGUUUGAAUUGAAAAUGUUCAUUUCUGGCUCUCUUGCAACAUGACACUUACAGAUGUUUACCCUUGUUUCAGUGUGAACACACUAUAGAGGAUAUUUUUUAAGGCAAAAAACACUCAAAACUUGGAAAAAGUGCUAAGAAAAAAAAUCAAUCACCAUGGAUUAAUAAAAUAAUAAAAAUUACCCCACAAUUUCACCUUAAUACAUUAAUAAUUAAGUAAUUAUUUGUAACUAUAUAGUAUGCAUUUAGCGUGGUUUAUAUCCAUUUCUGUUAGUAGAAUUAACUAUUUAGGUGUGAGCUCAUGAUACCUUUAAAAAAUAAAGAAACCAACUACAAACUGACUGUUAUUGGACAUUUCUGGUUUACCCUAUAAAAGAUGUUGAGAGUAGAUUGCCUGUAAUGGUCGUCAGUCUGCCUACCACAUGUGGCAUGUUUGUUGCCAAAUGAAAACGUUGUUGUUUCUGAGAAAUGGUAAUUGCUUGCGUUACAACAGCAUCAAUGCAGUAAAAUCACUACGCUAUGAUGUUUAAAUCUAUACUUUUUACUUUUUAUGUUGUUUAAUGUGAUACAAAAAGGCAUGACAGGGGCGCUUUACAUCUCACUGGAAACACUCCUCCGGCUGUGGGUUUUUAUAGAGAAAGAUUGGCACAUAGAUUGCAACCUACAUUGCAUGAUUUUGCUAACUAAAUUCACAAGAGUUUUAGUCAAUCAUUUAUUAACACUGUCUUUUGUGGCAGGUUCCAUAUUGCUCUGUUUUUAAAAGACUCUGUAUUAUGCACAUUCUGCUCACAGCAGAAAAUCCCAUCCAUCCCGUGAGAGACUCCUUGUUUAGAGUAACAGGUUACUUGCAGUCCCCUCUUUCUGCUUGUUUUUCAUGUGUAGUUGCGUAACUGACCUUGUCUAAUCUUUAUUGUAUGUAUUUAUAAACUGUUGUGGCUUUUCACACAUCUAGCUCUUUAAUUGCAGUAUUACAUAGUUUUUAUUUAUUUAUUUUGAACAGAUCAACACCAAGAAAAAUGGAUCUAUGUGCAUAAGGGAAGUACUAAAGAGGUAAGUGGUCAAAAACCGCGGGAAAGCUUGUUUCCGUCUAAAUCUUAAUCAUUGUAUAAAGCGUGUAUUAAUCUUGUUAUACUUGCAGGAUUGUUUUACUUAAACAUUCAUUGUUAGGAAUUCAAAGUGAGUUUCAAAUUUAAGAUCCAAAUAGCUGAACUUAGAACUCAAUUGAAGAUUAUAUUUUUUUAAAUUGUAUUAUAGUUGCUUAAUAUUGAAAUUUUAAUUCUAACUUUUGUGAAUAACCUCAAGAGAAUUCCAAAAAAUUUCGUUUUUUUUAUCAUAAAGUCAUCAUCACGAUACUCUAAACUAAUUGUACUUAUAAUUAUAACAUAAUGAGGUGCUGAUCAUUUUAUAACAUUAGAGAAGAACUGCAGAAUAAGUCAGCGCUAUAUAAAUGCUGCUAAUAAUAAUUGUGAUUGCAUUUUUAUGAGUUGGUGCACAUAUUUUGCUCCUUUGUGCCACGUCGACGCACAGCAUUACUUUGUUAUUUAUCCUUGUGUGUUCUUUCCUUCUCUAACCCACUUCAAUCUUUACAUUUAAUGAAUCUCUCUUUCUUUAAACUUCCAGCGUCAUGGUUACUGUACACUUGGUGAAGCUUUCAAUCGAUUAGAUUUUUCGAGUGCGAUCCAGGAUUCGAGAAGAUUUAACUAUGUUGUCAGAGUGAGUUUUAAGUAUUAAGACUUCAUACAUAAUGUUACAAGGUGUCAAAUUCUGAUCCAUCACCGUAAGCUGGUACUAUUUACACACUUUGUGUAACGUUUUACUUUAAUUAUUUUUUUGCUCAGAGUUUUGGUGGAGUGUGAUAAUCUUUACGCCCAACAUCAAAAGGUCCAGAGAUACCGGAGUGGAUUUAACUGACAAUGAAUGUAAUGCCAAAUUAGUUUUUAUUCAAAAUUUUAUAUAAAAUAUAUAUCCCUUUUUGAAAUUACAGGAGGACACAAUUAAACUGAAUGGAUGACUGAGAGGCAUGUAAAAGUGUAUUAUAGACUUUUAUUUAAUUUGCAUUUAUGGGUUACUUGCCACUGAAGGCUUUCAGAUACCUUGGUAUUUGGAAGGCUCACAUGUGUCUGAUUGUGCAGAUUCUAGAGAUGAAGCCUAAACUGCGAAACGUCCUCUUUGUAGUAAGUGUAUUGGAACUUAGGGGAGCUAGCACAAUUGACAUGGAACAAACUAGAAAUAAAAUAUACUAAACCUAAAUUGAAAACAUAAUAUUGAAAUUAUAGUUUAAAUAAAAAGAGAACAUCAUAAGCCGGAUAUAAGCACUUAAGUUGUGUUUUAUGGUAUUUAAAACUAGGUUGCGCUACUUAAUCUUAGGCAUGUCCGAUACAAACUGAUAAAUUUAUAGAUCGCAAAAGUAGCAACAGUAUGAUUGGCCACUGGCUUGACUUUCCCCUCACACAGUAAUUCUAACUAUAAUCGACUUGGUUCACAUCAUGAGCAACAACAAUGUUUAAGUUCGAGGCUGCAUUUAAAGCCAAAAAAGAAACCUUUUAGAGUAGCAAGAGCGUACAGCAAAGUAGAUAAAGAAAACAAAAAAAUGGGGCUAUCAAAACAAAAGUUUAAUUUUUAGUAACUAUUUUGGCUUAGCUUUAAAUAUAGCCAUUGACUUAUGAAAAAGGGGAUGGAAGGAGAACCACAAACCUUGUAACCACCCGGAUAUGGAUAAUUUACUGUGUGCUCAUGUUGGCCAUCAGUGAGCGCUGAACACUUUAUUUCCACAUACUGUACAUUGUUUUGUGUGGAAGCGGUCCGAUUCUCCGCCAUUAUUUUUGAGGGACUGUUAGGCAUGCUGUGGCUCGUAUCACGAAGAUCAUGGGCUAAAGCUCUCUAAAUAUCCCUGUCUGCACUUUGCUCUUUGCGGCCACAAGAGACAGCUUCUAAUAGACCAGCUUGAGCUUUCCCCUGGGACAAAAAAAGUUAAACUUCAGCUGAACAUGACUCACCAGCUUUGAUAUAAAAAAAAUCUGAUUAUCUUGCCUUGAGGAACAUUUGCGUUAAAAUAAUAUUUACCGUAAUAUUUUGUCAGGCCCUGAUUAAUAUAGCCAUAAGAUAGCCAGACACUGAAGCAUAUCCAUUUCAAACCAUUGGCAGGGACGGGAAGGAUCCACAACAUUAAUCAAAGUUGCAUCACAGAAACUCUAGUCUUUUUUUUUACAUCUGAUUAGUUUUAAAACAACUGGUUGGUGACCCCUGCACACUUUACUUGAGUCUUAAAAUAAAAAUGUGCUUCAAUUAAAGGAAAAAAAUAAAUACAUUAAAUUCCUUGUGAGAAGGCAGCAUUCUUUUCGGUCUGGCAAAGCUCCCUCUCUUAAUAAGAUGAUAUUGUAAGUGUACCAGAAAUAGAAAAUAAUUGCUGUUGAGUAAUCUAUGUUUAUGUUCUGAAGACAAAAGGCUACAGGGUGUUCAGGCUAACUUAAAUAAAGCCCUGUAGUAUCUUUGCUUACAUAAACCUUUUACAGCAGAUUCUUGGGUAAACUGUUUCACCAUGUCACAAAGCUGCCAACACUUUUUUAAUUUUACGAUUUGUAUUGCAUCAAUAUAUUGCUGUGGGCACUGGUGUUCCCUCCACAAACUGCAUUACUUCCAUAAACUAAGUUAUGGUGAGUUAAUUAUAUUGAAACAUUAGGCCAUAAUAGUGUUGCUGCUUUUAAUUGGUGUUUAGCAUCCAAGGGCGUUAAAGAGUUCAUCUUUGCUCUGUAACGGGCAUUUAAUAAAAACAAUACCCUCCUAGCCUGAUUAAUGGGGGUGGGAGGACCUUUGGACUCUUCUGCUGUCCAUUCUUUGGGAUCUACUGUGACACACAUAGGGCCACGUGCUGUCGAACCCAAUGCUCCCUUCAUUUAUUGAACAUUCCAUGUCCUGAGUAUUUUUGUAUUUAUGUAAUUAAAGGUGGCCAUGUGUAUUUCAUUAUUCUCUGGAUUUCUUUUCAACCUGUGCUGAUGGUUGUUUUUAUUGACUUUGUAAUAUUCCACACAAGUGCAAUCAGAAAAUAUUUACUGCCCCCCCCCCCCCUCCUGUGUUUGUAUGAUGACAUAGAUCUUUCAUUUUUAGAAAAUGUAAUAACUGUCCGAAGUGAGGCCCCUGUGUAUAUGUAAAGCUGGCAGAGACUAUGGCAUACUGACGUUAAUGGAAUUCCUGCUGUCUCUCUCGGGGAAACAUCUGGUGUAUUCUGAUACCAACAACCCGUUCUGAUUUUAAUUUUAAUGUUAGUUGGCUUCUGAGAUACGUAUGAUUGAUGUCGACUUUGCUGAUUUAUGGCAGUUAAAUGCGCAUGAGUUGGCUAAUGCAGUUGAGAAUUUACACACUGAUAGCUGAUUAACGCCAGUAUAUCUUUAGCCCUUUCUCCAAAAUGCAUGUGUUUGAAGAAUUCAAACUAUUAUGUUUUUAAUAUACAAAGCCAAAUCUGAUCUUUGAAAGGUGUGUGUGUGUGUGUGUGUGUGUGUGUGGUUUUCUUUUUUUUUUUUGAUACAGCCUAGUGAGGUUUAAUUAAGUCUGGUCUAUCCUGGUUUGAUUUUGUUCAAAUGAAUGCAAUUUUUAGUAUUUAGAUUAUUUAAAAGAAUUUGUUUUGUAUAAAAUAUAUACAAACAAUACUGACAAAUACAGGAUUGACUCUUCAUCCUUCCGAGGUAGAUAAAAAUAGUAACAACCCCUGAUUGUUGGGUUAAGGUAACAUCCCCAGGACGUACUUGAAAACCAGAGUAAUCUGAAUGUACCUUUCCUGGUUAAAUACUUUGUUAUUAUUAUUAAAUACACUGUGUCAUGAUGUGUAUUUCCUUGGAGCCACGUGGAUAUUUUUAACUUUAGUACCCAGCCCUGUCACAAGAUGUAAUGUGCGCCCGGUCUUAGUUGAACUGAUGUUUACACUGCACACUUUCACAGUCAGCCAGUCACAUGAUAGCAAAACCCAGUAAUGACAACAUGUAACUGGAGAUUAGAUCACAAUUUAAUUGCUCAAGUUCAUGUUGAGUCAUGGCAGGCGAUACAUCUGCGGCAUGUCGAUUAUGGAUGAGGCAAAAUAAUGCAGCUGUCCAGAUAAACCAGGCUUAAGUUUGUUUUUGUUUCUUCACUUUAAGUUGUUUUGUGGGGGUUAUUUUUGUAUAUUUCAUAAAGAAUAAUUUGUACCCAAAAUAUUUGGGAGGCAGUUCCUGAACAUUACUCCUCCGAGGACAAAUUGCAGACACUGAGGGACCAGCACAGACAACCUAACUAGGACAACAAUCCAUCCCCUAAAGUCAAAAUCAUAGAAUAAUUUUAGCUAAUUUUUAUUUAUUUUCUACUUUAUGUAAUUUUGAUUUGUUUAUGAUUUGAUUUAUGUAAAACAUAGUAAGUCUCUAAAGAAGAUCAAAGUUUUUGUGUGAACACUGAAAGCUGUAUUUUUUUUUUUUUCUUUAGAUCCAUGUUUACUUUCAAAUCCCUAUAUUUGAAACCUUUAUUAUAUAGCUGUUAUAACAUGUAAUGAUGGACUGACCACGUUUAUGGCCAGAAGUUAGUUACAACUGCCAUGUCGUAAGGCUGGCAAAGCAUCAUAUGAGUUGAGCUGGGGAUCUACCUUUUGGCCACACUUUGAAUACAAUGGAGUUUUUCAUGUAGGCACUCUGUAUUAAUCUUUGUCCUGUGUCUCUCUUCAGUUGCUGGAGUUGAUUGCAAAGUCCCAGCUCACCUCGUUAAGUGGAAUCGCCCAAAAGAAUUAUAUGAAUAUUUUGGAAAAAGUGGUUCAAAAAGGUAAUUUUAGUAUUACACAUGCACCGUGUAUUAAAACUGUUUGUUGGUGAUGUUGGUUGAACCACAAUGAUCGGUCCCAUAAUGUUUCUGUUAGUAUAACUCACAUUCACUGGUGUUACAUCAUACACAGCCACCUAUAUAGAAGGCAUUAUAGGAUCUCUGUACAUAAAGCUGCUGUACACAUGCACUUUCAACACGGAUGAUCAAAAUUGAUCAUUUUUGCCAAUACAAACGAAACUGCUUGUCUUUUACUUUUACAAUGCGAACAAUAAUUCUCUAAAUUUGUACUGCCUACAUCUCUCUACUCGUGUGCAGAGGUUGAUGGGAAUCAUUUUAAUCUUUGUUUGCAUAUUCGUAUUCCAAAUCCUCUGGCUGACUAGGAAAAAUUAAAGUAUUCUUUCACUGUUCUGUAAUGUAAUGGUGUGAUACCCCUUAGCUUUUACCUUUUUCCUUCAUAAUGUGUAUUUAUUAUAUUAUAUUAAUAGUUGUGAUCCAUUUACAGAGACCAAUAUCAGUACAGGAAACCUGGCAAUAAGACAGGCUCACAUAAAAUCCUGGGAGAGCAGAAUAUUUGGUUCUGAAUGCAGAGACCUGCAAGUUGUAAUGCUCUAAAUCUCCUAUAAAUCCCAGAGUAACUGUGUCUCUCAAUUUUGUGUUGAAUAAGGGAAAUCCAGCUCUGUUUUUUUUUUUUUUUUUUUUUAUAAUGUAAAAUACAGAUGUAUUAAAAAAUAAAGUUAAAUAUGAUUUUACAAAUGCUACUUUUUGUUUCAGUUCUGAAGGAUCAGCAGAACAUCCGCCUGAUCAAGGAGCUGCUGCAGACUCUCUACUCGUCAUUGUGUACUCUGGUCCAAAGGAUGGGCAAAUCUGUGCUGGUGGGAAACAUUAACUUUUGGGUGUACAGAAUGGAAACCAUUGUAAACUGGCAGCAACAACUGAACAACAUCCAGAUCACCGCGGUAAGAACAACAAAUGAUCAGCCGCAAUACUCAUACCAACGUUUUGGGAAAUUGGUCCACAUAAACUAAAUGGUGGAGACCCACAUCUCCUCGAUCCUUUCAUAUGAACCUGAGAAACUCUUUGCAGUUUCAGUAAAGAAGUCUUGCUCCAAUAGGGAGCCACUCAUUAAAGUUCGAAAUAAUUUUUCAGGGAUCCGAAGAUUAAAAAUCUGUUAAGUGUUGAUAUAUUCAUUCUAUUGAAUGUAUGAGCCAUGAUUUAAAAUGUAUUUUCAUAUUUCUCUUUUUUUUUAAACUGGAACACUAUUAUUCUUUGGGAGUACAUUUUAAUCAUACCUCCUGUUUACCAAAUGUUUGGUUGGAAAAAAUAUGAGUCUGAGCAGGAAAGCAAGCAGCCCCCCAGCUGUUGAACAUCAACGCUCAUUGUUUGGUUGGGGGAUAAUGGGAGUUGCAGUCCAACGGCUGUAGGUUGCCAAACUCAUGAAUAAACUGUGAGUGCAAUGUGUAUCUUCUCUGCUGUGUUCUUGUUGUGAACCUCAAUUCACAUUCCUCAGGGAUUAAAUUUGUCUCCUUCUAUAUUUAGCCUGCUGCUAAGGGAAUGACUUUGAUCGACUUGCCCUUGUGUCUUCAACUGAACAUCAUGCAGAGGUUAACAGAUGGGCGAGAUAUUGCAUGUCUUGGUCAGGUGUCCUCGGAUUUGAGGGUACUCAGUGAUGACCGCCUGCUGUGGAAAAAGCUGUGCCAGUAUCAUUUUACAGAAAGACAGGUAACUUGCACACACUCAUCUCUAUAGAUUUAUAAACAAACACUGUAUUUCUUUAGAUUAAAAUGACAAAUUAUAGAAUGGAAAUAUAUACUGUGCUUGAUCUCCUGUCAGUUUACUGUUGAUGGGACUGGGAGAGUGCUGGAGGAGCCCAGUACCCACAUUUGAUGUCCGGAAUGUUGAGCGCUAAUCAUGAAGUGUUGAAGAGCUUUUUUUAUGAAAUGACUCAUGUUAUCCUUAACUUGAAUGUUUAACUUAUACUGUGGUUUUUAUUAGAUUCGGAAAAGAAUAAUAUUGUCUGAUAAGGGGCAGCUGGACUGGAAAAACAUGUAUUUUAAGUUGGUGCGGUGUUACCCAAGGAGAGAACAGUAUGCCAAUACCCUUCAGCUCUGUCGACAUUGUCACAUCCUGUGCUGGAAGGUGAGUUACCAUUGCUAGCUGAGGUCAGCUGACAUUCACUGUUCCUUUAACAAUAAAAAAUCCAUGGUGGGUAUCAAAGACUUUUUUGUUUUUUAGAACUUUGUAAAAAUGGGGUGGCCAGAUGGGUAAUGCAGACCCCCAAACAGUUGUAAUUUUAAUGCUUACCCAUCAGUACCAUUCUUUAAGACUUUUUACAAGAGAUAAGAUGAUGAGCACAGAAAACAACAGGUCUUCCUAGGUUUACUCACUAAAACAUUAAUCCUCGGGGAUUCAUUUCGUCUCCUUCUAUAUUUAAAUAAUGUAUGGAAAACCAAAUGGAAACAUUCAAGCUGUGACUAUAUAGCUAGCUGGGUUGGGAAAUUGUCCUGUUUAUGUUAGAAAUAGAGCAUCGUUGGAGAGGGUUUCCCUAAUGUGUUAUUACAAGUAAUUGGAAAACUAGGUCAGGUGUGUCCAAAUUGAUUUCCCAUAACACUCAACUCCUCGGAUUGAGGUCACUUUUUGGUGGGUUUUUUGUUUUUUUUCAGAACUCUCUAAAGUCCUUUUUAGUCCCCUUUUAUUUAUUUUUAUCAGAUUCAACAAUCUGCUUCUUGUUUUUUAGGGUACAGAACACCCGUGCACUGCAAAUAAUCCGGAGAGUUUCCUGGUUUCUCUCUCUCCGCAGGAUUUUAUCAACUUGUUUAGGUUCUAAACUUGAUGGAUCUCCUCUUGUGUGGUACUACAUUGGAUUCCUGUGGAUAUACUUUUUCUAGGCUGAUCUUGUUGAUUUUGUAAAUAUUGUAAAUUUCACUGACUUAACUUCAAGAUCAUGCCAUGGUAUGAUCCUUGAGAAGGUUGGCCAUUGAUAGAAGCAUCUGUUGGUGGAAACCUUCUCGAAGAGCACUUGAUGGACAGAAGGCCUAUUGUGCCAGCAAUUGAAGGACAAAGCAUGUGGGAAUAACACAAAAUUUGUGGAUUUUCAAAAAGUGGAUGUUCACCUGGAGUGCAACUUGCUUAGUUAAUUUCAUCAUCGAUAUAGGUUAUUUAUCGAUUUAAAGGGACAAAAUUUCUCAAGUCUACCUAUUCUUUAAGACACCAUCUACUCCGGUUGACUUUUUUUUUUUUUUUUUUAUUACCUUUUACUUCUAAGUACUAUUAACUGUAGACUUUAUCUUUAUACCGCACUCAUUUCUACCUCUCACUCAGAAAACUGUUAAUUUUAGUCAAAUCUGCCAUGUCUGUAUUUUACUUAGUAGUUUAAGUUACAGAACAAAUCACUUGCACAGAAAAUUAAAAUUUUACAUCUGCUUACUUAGAACAAUUUCUUUCUGUGUGGUACUCCUGUGCAAAUAUCUGCAUCAGUGAAGAUGUGGUCCACAACAUCUGGAGUGCCGAAGGUUGCAUAGUCUAUGUGGGGCAAAAAAAUAUAGACUUCUCAAAAUGUAUAGAACCAAUUAAUUACUACCAAAGGGAGGAUUAUUGUGCAGGAUUAAUAUAAUAACAUUCCUGUUAUAAGUAAUUAAAAUGGUGGCCCAUACAUUUAUUGAGCUGUGAACAUCCCUUCGUUGGUUUUAAGAAGUGUACAGAACUGCAACAUGUAUGCUUUAGAAAGUGAAAGGUCCCUAUCAAAUAGGAUCACCUUUUAUUUAUGUGUAAUCUCUUUUAAGUUGUAAAUAUAUUGUUUUGCAUGUUGUAUACAAGAAGUUAAUAUUUUACAUUUCCAGAGUGUCUUAAUUAUUGUUGUUGGGAGCUGGUAAUGUCUGUAGUAAUUUACAGCACUUUUUGGCACAAUCUCAUAUGUAUCUGUUCACAAACAAGCACUUUUUUCUUACAUUCUGUAUUUGUGUAUAUAUUGAUGUAUGCAAGAAUUUGAAUGGCUCUGAAUAGAUUGUUUGCUUUGAGAACAUGGCACGCUUGUGAUCUAGUUAGGAGCGUGAUCUAUCAUGUUUUGUUUUUAAUAAUUUUUUUUUAUUUGCCACUAGUGCUAGAAAUUAAAGAUUUUAAUCGGAAAUUGUGAAGGCAACUUUUUUUUUUUUUUUUUUUUUUUUUUAAGGGAAACUCACUUCUCUGGAAUUUAUACCAUUUGAAUAAAACACUUAAAAUGUAGAACGUGUUUAAAAAAACUUUUUGGAUUUUGUUUUUGUUCGUGAGAUGCUCCAUUUUCUAUAUAUGCAAAGGCUUGGCCUGCAGUUGUGGGAGGGGCAUGUUACACUACUUAAACCCCCCUACUCACCUUCCUCUGUCCCGUACGCGAUUUUAACGAUUCGCUUGUCCCCACCCUCCACUCCCUCGCCUGCCGUGACGUCGGUUCCGGCACACCUCAACCGACUAAUUUCCCCCUUUACUAUGCUCCUCUUGGUAUGCUUCCUAUACGGCCUUAUUUGCCCCUCACACAAAAAUUUUAAUUGAAGAGUUAACAAAUUGCAUCAUAAUCCAGUUCAGGCUAGGCAUAGCCUGCAAAGGAAAAUGGGUAAUAGAAACAAGGUUAAAUUUCUCCUGUUAUCUGUAUGGUUUGUUGGGUUUUUUAUUUUUUAUUUUUUAUUUUUUUUUAUGCUGCCUGCCAGGUAAAACCAUCAGAGUUUAUAACAAUGAUUUGACAAGGCACUAAAAUGGCGACACCCAGUUUCAGAAUUAAGAAGUGUGUGUGUGUGUUUCUGCAUUUGGUUUCUUUUCACACCUCAUAAACAUAUAUUUGUUAAAUAUAUAAGAUAAGUAUACCUAAUAUAAACAAUCCAGGGCAGUAACCGUUCCCCUUUAAUAUUAAAGGAUCUCUCAAAUCUGUCUCUCCUUUCUUGAAAAGAAAUGAAUGAAACAACUUGCCAAACAAUGACUCUAUGUUUCUCACGAAAACUGCUUUUUAUAACUGUAAAUGCAGUUCACAACUAAACCACUGCUAUAGAUUAAACUUAGACCCGGAUUUAUGUCAGACUAGAAGUGUCAAGGAAAAAGACACAGUAAGACUUCUAAAAUGCUUAUGUAAACUAGAAACCUAGAAUGUGACGGCAGAUAACCAUUCGGCCCAUCUAGUCUGCCCAAUAUUUCAAAAUACGUUUAAUUAGUCCCUGGCCUUAUCUUAAGUCUAGGAUAGCCUUAUGCCUAUCCCACGCAUGCUUAACCCCUUAAGGACACAUGACAUGUGUGACAUGUCAUGAUUCCCUUUUAUUCCAGAAGUUUGGUCCUUAAAGGGUUAAACUCCCUCACUGUGUUAACCUCUACCACUUCAGCUGGAAGGCUAUUCCAUGCAUCCACUACCUUCUUAGUAAAGUAAUACUUCCUGAUAUUAUUUUUAAAUCUUUGUCCCUCUAAUUUAAGACUGUCCUCUUGUUGUGGUAGUUUUUCUUGUUUUAAAUAUAUAGUCUCCUCCUUUACUGUGGUUCCCUUUAUGUAUUUAAAUGUUUCUAUCAUACCGUCUAUACAUGUUAAGAUCCUCCCUCACCAGUGUUCUGUACAAUGGCAUGAGCACUUCCAUCUUUCUACUGCUAAUACCUCUCCCUAUACAACCAAGCAUUCUGCUAGCAUUUCCUGCUGCUCUAUUACAUUGUCUGCUUACCUUUAAGUCAUCAGAAAUAAUCACCCCUAAAUCCCUUUCCUCAGAUGUUGAGGUUAGGACUCUAUCAAAUAUUCUGUUCUCUGCCCUUGGGUUUUUACGUCCAAGAUGCAUUAUCUUGCACUUAUCCACAUUAAAUGUCAGUUGCCACAAUUCUGACCAUUUUCUAACUUUUUUUUUUUUUCUAAACGAGAAUCCUUUAACAUAACUCUCAGCCUUAAUACUGGUGGUUCUAGAACUUUGGUGUAUAUUUUAUUAUGUUAGAUCUCUAUGUUGGAAUUAAACAUUGGUAAAACCCUUGUUUGUCCAUACAUGCUUGAUAUCCUGCAAUCAAACCACUAUUUGGUUAUUUUUAACUGUAAACAAGCAAGUACUGUGGCUGAAUUGCUGCAAAACAUUUAUGGUGGCUUUCUAUUCAAGUACUGGUUUGUUUUUGGAGUUGGGGGUAGUUCUGACCGAGUGGAAGAUGGAUGUAGUGUGCAUGUUUCAAUGCUGGGGCUUGUCAUUAUAUGAGCUAUAAUUUUGCACAUGUAUUUAAUAGUCUACUUGUAUUGUGCACAUUUUUAAAAUGGAUCAAUGAUAGAGGAAAUAUCUUGAUUAAGUGUUUGUUUUUUAGCGCACACAGUUUACCUGUGAUUUUAAACAUGAUGAUCUGCAUUUUAUUUCUAUAUUUAAUAUAAAAGUACAUAUGUAACUGUAUAUAUUUUGAUGCUAUUAUUCCCUACAUGGUUGUGAAACGAUGGUAUACUUCAUUUUAUCUGUGUAUCCGUGGCAUUUUAGUUUGCAAAACACUAGUCUCUUUAAUGUGAUUGCAUUGUGUGACUUUGAUUCAUCUUGCACAUAAGACUCCACAUUGAUUCAUAUAUUGACCUUUUUAAAUGGUUUACCAUGAACAAUAUUGGAUAUUGCAGUAAAUAAUUUCAUGCUGAGAUUUAAAGGGCUCGAUUAAACCAGACAUUUAUUGGUCUGUCUGGUUCCAGGAUUUAUCUGAUGUCCUACCAUGAAUACUGUACAAGAGUUUCACUGUAAAUGAGCGGUCUGAUCACUUAAUGCACACACUGUUCCAUUGAAUAAAUAGUAAAUGCUGUGACAUGUGUAACUGUAUCUUGGCAUGUAAUGUAUUACUGCUUGUAAAUUGAAAAGGACCAGAUAAUUGCUAGGAUGCUUUUGAUAUGAGUUUUUAUCGUUUUUCCUUUUUUCAGAAUGCAUUCAUAAUUAAUAAAAUUACCGAUUAACCAUUGCUUGCUUUGCUGUGGGUGUAUAUAACAUAUCAUUUUUUUUUUUUUUUUUUGGCAGGUACAGGGGAGACUUUUUUUUAUUGAAAUUAGAUUCUUGUUAACCUGGGAUAAUUGAGAAUAAUUCUCUAUUAAGUUGUCAGAAAAUCAACAGACCAGGGAGCCAAGAGGGCCUGACAUACUGGCAAAACUCCUAUCAAUACAAGAGUGCACAAUAUUUAACCCCUUAAGGACCAAACCUCUGGAAUAAAAGGGAAUCAUGACAUACCACACCUGUCAUGUGUCCUUAAGGGGUUAAACUCACAAAGUGAAAUAAUAUCCGUACACAAUUUGUGAUUAAAAUGUGUCUUAAGUGGCUUCAGAGUUAUAUUAAUUAUGACCAGGGCUGGCAUCAGAAAAUUCGGGGCCCCUUAAAAAGCCACUGGCCAGGGGCAUCAAAGUCUCCUCUCCCAGUUAUGUGUGCAUACACCCAUCCCAGACACACAGAUAAACAAAACUACAAUACGCAUUUAUUCCUACAUACUCAACAUGAUUUUUGCCACCUUCUUGUUCCCUUACCUAUUGGCUUUGGAUGGCUUUAUGGGAUCCAGGGAGGAGGGGCAGGUACAGCCUGCAGGCUUCUCUUGCCUUCCAUGUGGCUUCAGAAGUGCAAGGGGCAAGCAGUGGUCUCAGAUAAUGGGAAACUUUACUGCAGUGUAAUAUAAUUGGGGAGAUAUUUCUAUCGCCUCAACCAGACCUUUGUGCACUCCGCAUGUGAGGAAUCUGUCUGUACUCCCUUGUCUGAUAGCUGCCCUGUACAGAGAUUUUUUAUCAAACUGGGCAUUCCAAGUGGAUUUAAAAUUUUAGUAUAAAAUAAGUAAACAGAAAACACAGUAGAUUUUGAGAAUUUUUCAGUUUGACUAAUGGUGUCUAAGAUCUAAAUUUCCCUUUGAAUUCCUAACAAUUUGCAGUUUAGCAAAUAAAUAAAAAAAACUGUAAAAUAAUGCAGGUGCUUAUCGUACAGGUACAAGAUAACUGGGCCACCAUUUAUUGAUAUUAGUCAACAUAUUCACAUCUUUCACAGCGAAUUCAUAGGCAUGCUCUCUGUCAGUAAGCGAGGAGUGUCUGUAUAUAACAGAUAAUGAAUGAUUCAUGUAAUAUAACCCGCUACUUUGUUUAUCAUAGAGAGAGGAUGAAAUUGACAUCAGAAUAUAAAAGACUUUUUGUUUUCUUUUGUUAUACCCUCCAGUAGUUUUUUUUUAAACGCCAGCUGAAUGUUACAAUUUGUAUAUAUGUAUCGGAGUUUGGCACAUAACCUCCCUAAAGAACAAUAAAGACUUGGAAGCCCAAAAUUGAGUUGUGUCUUUCUAAUAUCCUUUGUAGUAGGGGUUGUUGUUAGCUGAUCACUUAUUGUAUAGUAUAUAUUUUACAGUUUGACACUCAUUUGAGUUUAAACUUUCUUUGAAACGCUACGUGCUAUCUUUUUCUUUCUAAAGCUUUGGAUUUUUUUGUAUACACAACUCAACACAUCUGAGGAAUUAUAUAAUGAAUAUUAUAAGCUGAGGGACAGAGACCGGAAAGCAGUGAUAAUGCUCGUCAUUUGCUCUGUGACUCGAAUGACGUAUCAAAAUGUUUCAGAUAACCAGAGGGGUUUCUGAACUUUGAUAUAAUAUGUGUA